CCAGCGCGAGGCUGUGCGCGCGGGCGAGGAAACGCUUUCCCUGCUCCUCUCUCUCCUCGGCUUGCAGGGUCGGAUCCUGCGCCUGCGGAUCGCGCUUCCCAAACCCCCAACCCAGCUUUCCCCCCCCCAUGCUGGGUCUUUAUGCACUGCGAGGAAUCCGCUGCGUGAAUAUUUCUGCAUGCCCAGAAAACAUGGCCGAGGCUCAGGCUGGCUCUGGGAAGGUGGCUCUUUUCAGCCAGAAACAACGAGGGGGUCUCACCUACCGCAUCCCGGCGCUGAUUUACCUGCCCUCCGAGUCCACCUUCCUGGCGUUUGCAGAAGAGCGCUCAUCCCCCCGGGACGAAGAUGCUAAGUUCCUGGUGAUGAGGCGAGGGCGGAAGGAAGGAACGUCCGUCCAGUGGGGUCCUCAGCAAUCGCUGGAGACAGCCGUUCUGCCCAACUACCGCACCAUGAACCCCUGCCCCGUUCUCGAGAGGAAGAGCGGCGCCCUUUUCCUCUUCUUCAUCUGUGUGGAGAAGUACAUUACGGAAAGGCACCAGAUCAGCUCGGGGAGGAACGCCGCCAGGCUCUGCUACGUCUCCAGCCAAGACGCCGGUCACACCUGGAGCCAGGUGACCGACCUGACCGAGGCGGUCAUCGGCGAAGAGCUGACCAACUGGGCCACGUUUGCCGUUGGCCCAGGCCACGGCGUCCAGCUGAGCUCCGGGCGGCUGGUGAUCCCAGCGUACGCUUACUACAUCCACAAGCGUUUGUUUGGGCGCCCUAUGGAGACCAAGCCGCACAGCCUCACUUUCUAUAGCGACGACGGGCAGAGCUGGUCACGUGGCCCGCUCCUCGAGGCCUUGCUGACCACCGAGUGCCAGGUGGCCGAGCUGUCGUGCCCCGACGAAAGCUGGGUCCUGUACUGCAACGCCCGCAGCCUCCACAACUACCGGGUCGGGUCACUGUGCGCCAACAACGACCACCAGUUUGUCAAUCCCUCCCUGUGUGAGGAGUUGUGCGAGUCUCCGCACGGUUGCCAGGGCAGCGUGGUGAGCUUCUCCCCGCAGCUGGAGCCGUUGGAUCUGGGCCAGAAGAAAGACGGGGCCACGCCGUCGGGUCUCGAUACCUCCUUGGCCCCCCUCAAGGGUGCCCAGUCGUGGCUGAUCUUCUCCCACCCCACGAAAACACACAAGCGCUUGGAUCUGGGCAUCUACCUCAACACCUCUCCGUUGAAGAAGGGCUACUGGAAAGCCCCAUGGGUGCUGAACGAAGGGCCCAGCGCGUAUUCGGACCUGGCCGUGUGCGAGGAGGGCGAGUCGGUGAUGUUCGGGUGCCUGUUUGAGUGUGGGGUGUCCUACGAGUGCGAGGAGAUCGCCUUCCAACUUUUCACGGCUGUCGAGCUCCUGAGGAACGUGACGGAAAGUGCCUGUAGUUCCUCUUUUCCCUCAGAGGCAUAGAUGCUCAGGGACAUUUAGCACCCCAGCACAGAAAAUGAGGGUGCCCUCGCUUUCCUCUCCCUCAGGCUCUGCUAUGUCUCCGCCUUAGUAUUGUACGGUGCAGGCUUUGGAAAACGACUGCCAUUUUUGGGUGACAAUCAACAGGCCCUCACUUCUGCCUCCUUGAAAGCAGCCAAACGACAAAAACUCUUCUACGUAGUUAUAUUGAUAAAUCGAAAGGGGCAGUCUACAA